AUGCUGAGAGUCCGGAAAAAAGGUGGCUUUGGGAUUUGGUCGUUGCCCUUUAUAAUAACAGUGGUUUGUGCACAGAGUGCUAAUGAUCCUAGUAAUAUGUCACUAGUAAAAGAGACGGUGGAUAGACUGCUGAAAGGCUACGACAUUCGACUGAGGCCAGAUUUUGGAGGUCCUCCUGUGGCUGUGGGCAUGAACAUAGAUAUUGCCAGCAUAGAUAUGGUGUCAGAAGUCAAUAUGGACUAUACCUUGACAAUGUACUUUCAACAAGCAUGGAGGGAUAAGAGGCUUUCGUAUAAUGUAAUACCUUUAAAUCUUACACUGGACAAUAGAGUAGCAGAUCAGCUUUGGGUUCCUGAUACCUACUUCCUGAAUGAUAAGAAGUCAUUUGUACAUGGUGUCACUGUGAAGAACAGAAUGAUCCGUUUACAUCCAGAUGGGACAGUUCUCUAUGGUCUCAGAAUUACAACAACAGCUGCAUGUAUGAUGGACCUACGAAGAUAUCCCUUAGAUGAACAAAACUGCACACUAGAGAUAGAAAGCUAUGGCUACACAACCGAUGAUAUUGAAUUUUACUGGCGUGGGGGUGAUAAUGCAGUUACAGGAGUGACAAAGAUUGAACUGCCUCAGUUCUCUAUAGUGGAUUACAAACUUAUCACCAAGAAAGUUGUUUUCUCAACAGGUUCCUAUCCAAGAUUGUCCCUAAGUUUUAAACUUAAGAGAAACAUUGGGUAUUUCAUUCUGCAGACUUAUAUGCCUUCCAUUCUGAUCACUAUUCUUUCCUGGGUUUCAUUCUGGAUUAAUUAUGAUGCAUCAGCUGCAAGGGUGGCUUUAGGGAUCACAACCGUGCUGACAAUGACAACCAUUAAUACCCAUCUACGAGAAACACUACCAAAAAUUCCCUACGUGAAAGCCAUUGACAUGUAUCUGAUGGGCUGCUUUGUCUUUGUGUUCAUGGCUCUUCUGGAGUAUGCCUUGGUGAACUACAUCUUUUUUGGCAGGGGGCCACAGCGCCAGAAGAAAGCAGCAGAAAAGGCUGCCAGUGCUAACAAUGAGAAAUUACGAAUGGAUGUCAAUAAGAUCUUUUAUAAAGAUAUAAAACAAAAUGGGACCGAAUUGCGAUCCCUGGAUCCCACUGGAAAUCUCUCCCCAACUAGAUGGACUGCCAGUUACGAUUACCCUCUUAAAACGAUGGACCCACAUGAAAAUAUUUUGUUGAGCACGCUUGAAAUUAAAAAUGAGAUGGCUGCCUCUGAAGCUGUUAUAGGGCUUGGGGACCCUAGAAGCACGAUGCUGGCCUAUGAUACCUCAAGUAUCCAGUAUCGGAAGGCUGGCUUACCGAGACACAGCUUUGGCCGUAACGCCCUGGAACGGCAUGUGGCCCAAAAGAAAAGCCGGCUAAGGAGACGUGCUUCUCAGUUGAAAAUUACCAUCCCUGACUUGACUGAUGUGAAUGCCAUAGAUCGAUGGUCACGCAUAUUCUUCCCGGUUGUUUUUUCUUUCUUCAAUAUUGUCUAUUGGCUUUACUAUGUGAACUAAAAACAAAGCAAAGCCACCCAAAUAUCAAGAACUGGAUUUCCCUUCAAAAUCAAUUGUACAGCCAAACAUGGGACUUAGGGAAAACAAAACCUAUUCAGGACAAAAUUUAUUUUAAAACACCUUAUUUGCUGGCCCACUCUAUA